AUUUUAUUUUCAUAGAUAUGGUUACAUUUUCUUUCCCUGCAAAUAUUUUUUAUUUGUCAAAAUUAAAGUAAAAUUUUAUUGCUUCAAAAAUGCCGAUUAAUGGGAAUAAUAUUAUGAAGGCAAUGAGGGAACUUAAAGCUCCUUCAACGGCGGAGCAAAUUGCUCGCCACUUGGCUAGAGGAACGAAAAGGAAGUUCGAUGUGCUGCUGCAAGAAGUGAUAGUGAGUUUAGUCGGUGGCGUUAAAUUUGGCUACAUCGAAUGUCAUAACGGCCACUAUUAUAAUAUAAAGAACACAACCGAAUUGUUUAAUUUGCUUGAAAGUGAGGACUCAGGACAGUUUAAGCGGCCUCGUCCCAUUGCAGAAACAAACAAUCCAAGACAACGCAAAGGACGCCUUGCCAGAAAGCGUAAACACAACGAAAUCAGCGAUUGUGAAUGUGAAUCGAAACUUGAGACUGCAAAAGCUAAAAUCGGUAAAAUUAUUGAUGAACUUGCUGAAAGGGUGGAAGGAAAGAAGCCCAGUAUUGGUCCUGAUCAAAAACCAAAACCCACUGCAGAAGAACUAAAUGAACAUAUCGAUCAAUCACGCAAGAUGACUGACCGCAUUUUUGAAAAUAAAUCACUGCAUGGCUGUGAUGUACUUCAGAACCCAGUUAAAGAACCCGCAUUGGAAGUUCUUGAUAUUAACAGAGAAUCAACCUUUUCAGCGUUAGAAGGCAGAACUAAAUUUUUAGAUGGGAUAAAUGUCGAUCAGUUCUGUUAUUUCAGUGAUAAUAUUUUCCUGAAUCAAAGUAAUUCAGUGGCAACUGAAUUAGAUGUACAAUCCGAAGCUUUUGAUAUUACGAACAAAACUCUUUAUUCAGAGCCGAAGGAAAUCACUAACUCUAUUGAUGAAACAAACACCAAUAAUCCGUAUUACAAUUUAACUGAAGAAGUUUUCUCAAGUCAAAGCCAUUUGUCAAUUGCAGGUGGCGAAUUUUAUAAUUCAGUCACAGAAUCGAAAGUACCAUUAGAAGUUCAUGGUGAUGAUGCUAAAAAUGUAUUUCUUGGAAUAGCGCUCUUAUAUAAACUUAUAAAUGAUGCGAAUGCGAAUAUUUUAACAAAUCAACGCUAUAUAACAAAUGUUGAGCAGCAACCGGGAGCAGAAUUGAAUGAGCAAUCGGAAGCGAUUGAUCUCGGUAAUAAAACUCUUCAUUCAGAGUCAGAGGUUUUCGGUAACUUUACAAACGGAGAAACUGUUAGUCAGUAUUGCACUUUGACAGACUAUAUUAUAACAGAUCAGUGCCAUUUAACAACUAGAUCAGAUAUCGAUCGGGAAUCAGUAGUAGGAUUGGAACAACAAUUGGAAAAUCCUGAUCACAUCACUUAUCAUCAUGAUGAGAUUUAUGCUUCAGUUAAGGAAUCGGAAGUACCAUUGAAAAGUCGUGAUGAUAAUAUUUAUAAAAACUUGUUUCUUGGAGUGGCGUUCUUAUGCAAACUUGUAAAUGAUGUAAAUGACAAUAAUUUAACAAAUCAAAGCUAUAUAGUAAAUGUUAAUCCGCAACCAGCAGCAGUGUGGAAUGUGCAAUCGGAAGCUAUUGAUCUUGGCAACGAAAGUCUUCAUUCUGGGUUGGAGGUUUUCAGUAACUUUUUAAACGAAGAAACUGAAAUGCAGAACUGUACUUUGACGGACGAUUUUAUCGCAAAUGAAGUCCAUUUAUCAACUGCAUCAGAUAUUGAACGAGAAUCGAUAGUAGAAUUGGCAGAUGAGUCGGAAAAUUGUGGUCGUAUCAAUUUCCGUCUUGACGAAUUUCCUGCUUCAGUUACGGAAUACUCGGAAGUUCCAAUGGAAAAUCGUGAUAAUGUUAAUAAAAACUUUUUUUUUGAAUUAACAGAGUCGAACGUCGAUCAGUUCCAUCACUUGACUGACGAAAGCUUUACAUAUUUGAGUCACAAAGGAAAUGUUAGUCCCCAAUUGACAGCAGAGUCGGAUGUGCAAUUGGAAGUAAGUAACUUUGACAAUAACAGUUUUCAUUUAGGGAUGGAUGACUUCAGUAGUUUUAUAAAUGGAUCAAACAACAAUCAAUACUGCACUUCAACUGACGAUGUUUCUACAAGUCAAAGCUGUUUUCUAAGUUCAGGAGAUGAAUUUUAUAAUUCAGAUGCAGAAUCGAAAUCACUGGAAAUUCAUGAUAGUGACAGUAAUACUCCAUUUGAUACAUUAAUGGUGUUAAGAACAUUUCUUAGUGAUUCGAAUGAUAAUGCAUUAAUAACGCAGAGCGAUACCUCAAUCGAUGACCUUCAACAGGUAGCAGAUUCUGGUGUGCAGGAGCUAGCCAAUGAUAAUGGUUAUAAAAUUCUUCACUUAGAGUUCGAGGACCGCAAUGACUUUUUAAACGAAAUAAUGGUUAAUCAGUGCGAAAAUUUAGCUGACAAUGAUAUCUUAAAUCAAAGUCAUUUACAACCAAUGAUAACAGCUGUCAAUCGUGAACCGGUAACAGAGUUGAAGGAGUUUCCGGAUCAUCGUGAUCACAUCAAUGAUGCUCUGCAAUCGGAGAAGGAAUCUCUAGAUAAUUUUUCAAAUGUAGCAAGUGAUCAAGACAGCUGUGAGAUAGAUAGUGAAUCUUUUCGUUUAGAGUUGAUAAUUCCAAAAAAGAUUUUGAGCGCAGCUGAAGGCAAUUUUCAAGCUAAUGAUAAUGUUUUCAAGAUUCGAAGUCACUUAUCAAGUUCAAAUAUCCCAGAUAUAGAAACGGGGGUAACUUUGACAGUUCAUGAUAACGACAUACAAACUUUAGAUCUUGAAUUGAAUAUACCAGAAACUUUCGUAAAGGAGACACGUAGCGCAUAUAUCAUUUCAGUAGUCGAUUCGCCGGAAACUCAACUAAAUGACGAGAAAGAAGGUUCUCCAGCUAAAAAUGGAGAAAAAUUGUGAAGAGCUGAUUAUUAUAUAUUUAUGGAAGAGCACUUAAAAUUUAAAAUAUUGGUAGUAUCGCAACUGCAAGAAUAAUUAAACAAUUAAAGCGGGAGGAACAAUUGAGUUAAAGAUAUACCUGCAAGGAAAUAUAAAUAAGUCGUACGCUUCUGUUACCUGUUUUCCCAUUCUGGUGUGAGCAAUAAUUUUUUCUUAAAAUUUUCUAAUUUUUCUAUAUAUUUGUACAUAAAUUAUU